CUCGGUAGAAAGGACCGCCUCUGAGUCCGGGGGUGUGGGGUCUGAAUGUGACGCAGAUUUAGAGUGCAUCUGAUCAUUUUUGUUUGUGGCACGAGCCCCCUCACCCCCCAUCCCCACCUCCCAACUGAGCCCAGAGACCAGCUGGAAGGAGGCGCGCGUAACUCCGCCGUGCGUCCUCUCCGUGCCAUGCACCCCCUCUCCACCCUGAGGCCCCCGCUCGGAUGAACGGACGAAGUUCCGCGGCUUCGCCUCCAGGACAUCAUGAAGACCACGCGGAAAUGCCGCGCGCUGAUGUCGGUGUCCCUCAACCUGCUCGCGCUCCUCUUCUCCACCACCGCCUUCAUCACCACCCACUGGUGCGAGGGGACCCAGCGCGUGCCCAAGCCCAACUGCAGCAAGCAGCGGCGCCACAACUGCAUCGACUACGGCGUGAACGAGACGGAUCCAAGCAAAGUGCACUACAGCUGGGAGACCGGGGACGACCGCUUCCUGUUCCGCCGCUUCCAUACCGGCAUCUGGUACUCCUGUGAGGAGAACAUCAACGAGGCAGGUGAGAAGUGUCGGAGCUUCAUUGAUCUGGCCCCGGCCUCAGAGAGAGGUGUGCUGUGGCUGUCGGUGGUGUCGGAGGUUCUCUACAUCCUUCUGCUGGUGGUCGGCUUCAGCCUCAUGUGCGUCGAGCUUUUCCACUCCAGCAACGUCAUCGACGGCCUCAAACUCAACGCCUUCGCCGCCGUCUUCACCGUACUGUCUGGUCUUUUAGGUAUGGUGGCUCACAUGAUGUACACUCAGGUGUUUCAGAUCACCGUCAGUUUGGGGCCCGAGGACUGGAGGCCUCACAGCUGGGACUACGGCUGGUCGUUCUGCAUGGCCUGGGGUUCCUUCACCUGCUGCAUGGCGGCCUCCGUCACCACCCUCAACUCCUACACCAAGACGGUCAUCGAGUUCCGGCACAAGCGUAAGCUGUUCGAGCAGGGCCUCCGCGAGGAGCACAGCUACCUGGACCAGGAGGCCUACCACUACUUCCAGGACCGCUCCCUCCAGUCCAUCUCCAGCACCGUGGAGGUCUACCCCGGCCAGAGCGCCGCCAGAGCGGGCCUCAUUGUUGGUGGUCCCGGACUGGGAACGGGACGGGGAAAGAUGAGGCCAGCUCCGGGGUCCGUGGACCUGGGGGAGAACACAGACUGUCUGGGGGAAGAACAGUGCUGAGAGAAGGAGGUGUGUGUCUACAUCUAGAUCCUUUACAUCUGCACUUCAUCUCAAACUGACAAAGCAGUGGACGCACAGCUUGAUUUGUGAAAUCUGUUCAAAUCCAGAAAGACCAACAGAUGUUUCUGUGUUUAGAUGAAAACACAUAUUUACCUCCAACGUGAAAACAAAAGACCCAGAAUCUGACUCCUCCCCCAAAAGGUCUGCUCUGAUAUCAGGGAGUCUGAGCAGGCCCCGCCCACUGCCAACAAGACACAUGUAGAGCAUCACUCACUUCAUUUAUAAAAGAUACAAACAUUCCAGUUCUGACAAAAAAAAAACCUUUGGACCCCAUCAUACAAAAGCGACCGAUGAGGAAGAUGUUCCAGGAGAGUCAAACAAAACCCACAAACUCCUUUUUCAGAGACGCACUGACGGUUGGACGGAACGCCAGAUCUGAGGCUGUAAACGUCAGAGUCCAAACCGGAAAAGUGCCAAGAUGCCCAUGAGAGCCGGUCCUGCAGAGACGAGGGGUUGUUCCGGAUCCCAACGCUGGAGACAAAGGGGCCAGAAAUCCACAAAAAGGAACAAAACCGAGACUGAAACAUGAGAAGCUGCAGCGGGGGGGGGGUGUCAGGAUAGAAGCAGCUGUGAAGAAAAUGCAAAAUGAAGGAAAAGAAAAAAAAUAAGGAAUAUUUUCAUAAAAAAAGGAAAACCAUUGAAUAAAAAGCAUCUUUUUUUACUGACAUACAUUUUCUGUUUGGUUUGGUUUUUAUCUCAUUUUUUUGUCCUUCCGGUGGAAAUCUGAAACAUGAAGAGUGAAACCGGUCGGGAGGAAGUGAAAGCUCUGGUUUGAACUCAUCUGAUGACAGAUUUACCCCCCAAAACUGAAACUGCCAAUCCACUCUGAACACUUAAAUUCAUUUUGAAGGAAACAUUUUUGUUCUGGGUCAAAGGUCAAUUAGCAGCUGUGGUUGGAGGUGAACCAGGCAGGUCACAAACACUUUCAGGGUCAUGCCGCAGACCUGUGGGGGCGCCGCGGGUCUCUGACUCGAGGUUAGCUGGUGGUCUGUGGUCCUCAGCAGGGAUCCUGGGAUCACCGUCUCUGCUGACCUGAGCUGCGUGAACCUCUCCUUUUUCUGUGGAGAAGCUCAUCUGACCUGCUGACCUCUGGGCGCCGGCCUGGUGAUGCGACAGGAGCCGGUUUCAGAUUCUGGAGGAUGUUUGUGAACUCAUCUGCUCAUGCUUGGUUUCUAUGGUCCCUACUCUGUUUUAUCGGUGGGUUCAUAUUUUAUUUUCCCAUCACAUUUGUUUUUUAUCACAGUUUUCCUAAUGAGAGGAACAACAGGGAACAUAAUGUACUGACCCUGAGGACUCUGGGAAGUUUGAAGGGCUGAAGUCAUAGAACAAGAAAAUUACCUGAUGAAUGCUUAAUUAGUGGAAACAGUAAUUAAUGCAGAAACAUAAAAUAACCUCUUAAAGGCAGAAAUGAUCUAGAUGCCGGGCAGAAAGCUCUAAGCUAGCAAACAUUUAAUGUGUAGAAAAACCAGUCAUCAAGUCUUUGUAAAACGUGAAGUGUGCCGGUGUGUGUAAACCAGAAGGAUGUUUGUGUGAAGCCCAGAGAGAAUCCAGUGUCUGCUGAGGUUCCAACCUCUGCAGGAGCCCAGAUGUGGAAGGGACUGGCGUAAUGACCGUCCAGCAUUUACAGAACUGCUGGGGCGAGCCUAACAGAAAGAAAACAGAAAACCCGACGGUAGCUGGAAUUCUGAGAAGGUUUCAAAGCUUCUCAGGAAAAUUCCUAAACAUUGCGGGACAGCCGCAGAGCCAGCAGCUGCCUCCUGGUGGUCUCGAGGAUGAUGAUGCUGGUGCAGCAGCUUGAAGACGGUCUGGGUUACAUAAGCAGGUUGUAGACUGCAGGGAUUAAACUGACUGACGGCAGAAAAUUAGGCUUUUGGAGUCAACGCUGAUCCAAACUCCAGUUGAGAAACUUUCUGCCUUCCAGUUGUAAAUCAGGAGGUUUGUGAUGAACCUGAAGUCUUCUGUGAACUGAUGUAAACCAUGAAUGUAUUGAAUUAUAUAUUUAUCUAUGUACACCC